UUUGGAAAUCAGCCAAAAACCACCAAGAACCAAAAAAAAACAAAAACCACAAGAUGGACUCAACACUCGAUCCAAUACCAACAACCCAACCAGAAUCAACAAACAGACUAUCACUACCAUCAUCAUUCUUCGUCGAAGCACUCUACCCUUUCAACGGAGAAGAUACGGCCUCGCUAUCAUUCCAAAAGGGCGAUAUCAUCGAAGUACUCACUCAACUACCAUCAGGAUGGUGGGAUGGCGUGAUGUGGCGUCAACGAGAACGAGGUUGGUUCCCAAGUAACUACACUCGAAGGCUCACCGAUGAGGAGGCAGAACUCACUCGAGCACAACUAGAGACCAUCAAACAGAACAACGAAACUAUCCAAAACAUCCAACAUCCUGCUCAAACUAACUCAAACCAUCCAUCAAGACUCAGUCUACUCAACAACAAUAACGAGCAGGAACAACCUGAAUCAGACUCCCAACCACCUCCCACAUCUACAACCAUCAACACCACCCCCAUCCAAGAACAACCAUCAACCGAUAGCCAAUCCAUCCAACCAGCACCAGCACCACCGUCACCUUCUAAUAAUCACUCAUCCAAUACAACUUCAAACAACAGCUGGGCAGCAUGGCUACCCAAAGUCACCGAUGACGGUCAGAUCUACUACCACAACAAUCUCACCGGUGAAAUCGCCUCAGAGAUGCCCCUGGCUGAUGAUGACCUCGAUCAUCCACAAGCUCACUCAUCAUUACCACCAUCCUCAAACUCAAACCCAAACUCACUCGAUCAACAUCACAUCAACAACUCACUCUCAAAAUUCAUUGCAGAAGACCCACUCAAGUUCUUACAGGAUCACGGAUUCUCAAGAGAAACACUACAGAAACACGGUCUGAUCUCCUCCUCCUCCUCUCCUGCCUCUCCAACUCGGCUCUCAAACAUCACUCAAUCAUCCCUCUCAUCCCCAACUCCAAUCCCAUCGAACCUCAACUCAAGCAAUCUUCAUUCUGAAACCAAUCCAUCAUUAGGCCUCAAUCUUCCUCCCACCACCACUCUCCUAUCUCCUAACGAUCCCUCCGACUCACAGCCCCGUACCAGUUCAUCCUCCGAUCUACCCGAACUGACUAGCCAAACAGACGAUCAACUCAACGUCAAUCGCUCAUCAUCAUCAUCAUCAACAACAACAACUUCAAACUUACUCAUCAAUGCCCCAUCUCAUCAGAACAUCUUCCAGAGCUCUCAACAGUUCAAGAGUCAACUCAAACCGAUCAUGGAAGUCCCACCAACUCUAAGCUUUAGUAGGAUGGCAACCGAGAUCAAGGAGGCCAUCGGACUCCUCACCAAGUUAACCGAGCCCAGCCUAGAAGAUCCUGCUGGCCCGGAUUACUCCUCCAAAAAUAGUAACCAAGAUCAAAUGAUCAAUCAGGCGCAUUCGCAACAUGCACGAGAUGAGCUCUCUCGGGCCUCGAUCAACCUGGUCGAUAAGAUCCGAUUCUUACUCCAAGCGAGUUGUCAAUUGGAUACCGCAGUCCAUUCGAUCCUCAAUGAGUCCCACUUUGCGGGCCAGUUCAACUCGCUCUCGGUCGCCCAAGCUCGUCGAUCAUCGAUGUCCCCGAUCUCUCCCUUCAUUCCCAGUCGAGAUAGCACCCUCUCAGCCCAAUAUCCGGCCGGCUCACCCUUCACGAGCCUGUUCUCUAAUCCGCAUCUCAAUUUGCCCGGGCUGAAACAUGUCAGUAGGAAGAUCGCCUCGACUCUCUCUAAACUGACGCUCUCCACUCGUGCUCUUUGGGGAUUACUCUCGAUCCGCUCUGCCGAUCUCUUCCCUCCCUCCCUCGAUGACUCUGCUUCACUCGACAUCCAAGAGUUGAAUUCUCGUCAGAACGCCCAGAAUCGGUUCGCCUUGGAACAGAAGUUGCGAUCGGAAUGUCGGAUGGGCGUGAGCGAUCUCUCGACGAGUGUCGAUGCAUUCUUCCAACACUUCGAAGCCAUCUUGAUCGAGCAAUCCGGGAGUAACAGUUAUGCUACCACUCGACCCACCCCGCCUACGAGAUUCUUUCCGCGUCAUGGUCAUGGACAUCUGGUCAUGCCGAUCGAAUCGGUCUUCUUACCCGGAGGAGCACAGGGAGGGAACUGGAAGGCGUCGGGCUACCACGAUCCCGGACAUCCGAUGAACGCGUUGUCCGAGCAUUCCGGACCGAGCAUGGGGGGCGCCCAGUCGCCGGUCUCGAAGCGAUCGGUGAUCACGCCGUUGGUCAAGUUAGACUCGGAGAGUCUGAGUGCCCGAUUGCUGCCCCUGAUCCGGUCGACACGGGAGCUAGCCGAGACGAUCAUCAGUCUACUCGCCGUGGAUGCCGACGAGAUCCUGAUCACCUCGGAGCCGACGGAGCUUAACUGCAUCGAGCGGUUGAGUGGGGAGACGGCGGACCAGGUGAUGAGUCAGGUGAUGAACCUGAUCGAGGCAGUGGGCCAUCUGUUGACGAUCGCCGAGUCGUUUGAUCUCGGCGCCAGCCUGGAGGUCGAUCUGGACCCGUUCAUUUGGCUCGUCCUCGAGCAGGACCAGGGCCUCCUCAAGGGGCUCUGCGACCCCAUCCCCGAGGCCUCCUUGGGUAACAUCCACACCCAGUUGGCCUUCGCCCGACGCCUCGUCGGCGGAUAUCAACGCUCCAAACAGGCCCUCUACGACCUCGUCGCCGAGCUCAUCUAUGCCACUCAAACCCUCCUCACCUCCUCCUCGGGCGUCUCUCCCCCUUCUGCUUCUUCGAUCCCUUCCCCCGCCCAACCGCUCUCCGCCUCCCCGCUCUUCUCUCUUCAUCCUUCUUCAGGGUUUCCUUCGGCGUCGGGCGGCUCGGCGUCGCCCGGAAAACCGCUCAAAACCGCUCGCAGAAUCGUCCUUGCUCUCGAAAGCUUGGCCGUCGCGGCCCAGGCUAUCGUCCAUCAAGCUUCGACUCAAAACACUGGCUUGGAUAUCAACCUUCAUGCGAUCACUCAGUUGUUCAAGAACUCGAUCUUUGUCCUCCAAUCUACUACUUCUUCUUCUUCUAAUACUACAUCCACUUUGGUCAAUCAUCAGCAUCCGUCGACCGCCGCUUCGUCGGACUCUCAUUCUUCGGAUGAUAACGAGGACGAUGGGGCGUCGUCCUUAUCUUCCUCCUCUGACUCGUUUCUCCCUUCUCAUAACAAUCAUCCUAAUUAUGGGAAUCAGGCGAUCCCGCGUCGGCUGAAGUCCAACUCUAUCCCCCAUCAUCCUUCAUCUGCUUCUGCUUCGGUUCUCUCGCCUUCUUCGUCGCUGCGGCUUCAAAAUCAGAAUUUUAGUAACCAGAACUUGUAUAAUCAGAACUUGCCCCCGCCUUCGCCCAGACAUCUCUUGCUCUCUCGCGGGAUCGAGGAAGAACAGGCCGAGCUCGAGCUCCAUCUCUCUGGAUCUUCUCAUCCUAAUCUUCAUCGUGAUAAUUCUAUCGAUGGUGGGUCUGUGACAACUAGGAAACGCGAACCUUCUAUUCUCGUGCAGGAUGUCGAUCGGGCUGAAUCUGUGUCAUCGAAAUCGCCAACAAGAUCGAAGAAGUUAGCCAAAUUCUUUGGAGAAGAGGCGGCGACCUCGGUCAUGCCAGGCCCUCCCAAACCCAUGAACAGCAGCAACAACAACAACGCGACUAAGCCGGCGUUCUUGAUGGCCGACUACGGGCCUGACGAUAUCUCGUUCAACGUCGAUAAUCAGAUCCGGGGUGGGACGCUUAAGGGAUUGGUCAUUAAAUUAACGUCUCAUGAAGGCCCUGAUGUACCGUUCUUGAGAGUCUUCUUGAUGACCUAUCGGACGUUUACGACCUCGCACGAUUUCUUGGAUCUGUUGAUCGAGCGCUAUCAUCAACAGCCACCUGCCGGUCUCUUAGCCGAAGAACUACAACUCUGGACCGACCAGAAACAAAAAGUGAUCAAGAUUAGGGUGAUUAAUGUGAUUCGGUCCUGGAUCGAGUCCCAUCUUUCGGACGAAGACGCCGAUAGUAUCAUUCAACGCGUCCUCGAAUUCUCGGCCCAUGAUAUGGGGGAUACUAAUUUAGCUAGACAAGUAGCAUUAACAUGUGAACGACGGCAAUCGAGAGGAGGCUUAAACAAGAUGACGCCCAUGCAACCGCCUGGAAACCCGCCCCCAUCGAUCCCGCCCCGCAACCCGCGCAAGAUCAAGUUCCUGGACAUCGACCCGUUGGAACUGGCCCGCCAACUGUCGCUCGUCGAGAGCAAGUUGUUCUGCCAGAUCCAGGCCAACGAGUGUCUUGGUAAGGCUUGGCCAAAGGAAUUCGCCAAGGAAGGCACGCCGAAUAUUAAGGCGAUGAUCGAUAUGAGUAAUGCUCUCACUCGUUGGGUCGCCGAGACUAUUCUUCUGCAGCCGGAGCAGAAAAAACGGGCCAGUACUAUCAAGCAUUUUAUUUUGGUAGCUGAUAGAUGUAGAUCGCUGAACAAUUUCUCGACGUUGAUGCAAAUCAUUGCGGGCCUGAACUCGACGCCGAUCUAUCGUCUCAGACGGACCUGGGAAACGAUCCCCCAAAAAACCUUGACCCUCUUCGCUCAGCUUGGCGCCGUCAUGAGUCCGACUAAAAACUAUGCGGCCUAUCGGGAUACGAUUCGGAAUAUGGCGCCUCCUUGUGUGCCUUUUGUUGGGGUUUAUUUAACGGAUUGGACGUUCAUAGGAGACGGAAAUCCGGACCAAUUGCGCGAGAAACCGCAACAGAUCAACUUCAACAAACGGCAGAAGGCGGCAGAAUUGAUUGUCCAGAUCCAGUCCUAUCAGUCGAUGCCCUACCAGCUCUCGCCGAUGCCGAUGAUCGUCAAGUUUCUCGAAGAGUCGCUCGAGAACCCGCGCGACGAGAAGGAGCUCUACGACCUCAGUCUCGAACUCGAGCCCCGCGAACGCGACGACGAGAAAAUCGCUAGGCUCUUGGCUGAGUCCGGCUUUUUGUGAUCGUCUCUUGCGCUCUCCUUUCUUUCUCUCUUACAUACUAUUCUCAUCAAAUCUCUCUCUUCAAGAACACGAGAUAAUCUUCUCCUUUUUUUUCUUAUAUACUCAUACAAAAACAACAACUAACAUUUAUCUCUCUCUCUCUCUCUACAUAUAAAAAGAUC